AUGGAGGGCACGCCAACGAACGUAGAUGCCAAGAAGCAGGUCGACGAACUGUGGGAGGCCAUUGCACAAACUGCCAACCAGCAUUUCAAGCACUCCAUGCCCGAGAGGAUCCUGAAACUGUCGACCCUGCUCAAGUCGGAUGACUUCAGCCUGCGCGCAGGCCAGGUUGGACAGGAGCCCCGCCUGGAGGAGGACGAGACCGCGGCGCCCCCGAGCAAGCGUGCGCGAGUCGAGGGCAGCAAGGGCGCAGUGCCCGUCAACAAGGCGCUGGCCCGCGUCGUUCCAGCGAUCAAGGAGGAAAUCUUGGCGGUGAUCGAUAUCUUCAACAGCGUCAAGAUCUGGAUUCAGCUUAGCAUUCCAAGAAUCGAGGCCGGCAACACGUUCGGAGUGGACAUCCAGACGGAUACCAUCAGCGAGCUCAGCCGAGCGGAAGAUGCCGCCUACUCCCUGCUCGAGGGUAUCACCAAGUACUACGUAACGCGAGGCAAGCUCAUCUCAAAGGUCCUGAAGCACCCCGAGAUCGAGGACUACAGCCUCUCCGUCGUGGAGCUCGACGAGAAGGAAUACCUCAACAUGAGACUGUCCACCCUCGACUUGCGCAACAACAUGGCCAUCAUCUACGAUUUGCUCUCCAAGAACUGGGACAGGAUCCAGAAGCCCACCUCAUCGCAUCACACGACCAUGUUCUAA